AAAAAAUCAAACACGAGCCCUAAAAUUUGGGUGAUUUUAUUCAAUUUGUCCAUUAUGAUUCAGAAUCUUUUCAAUUUGGUCAUGAAUUAGAAGUUUUCAAUGGGUAGUUCGAAAAAUUCGAUCUUUUAGACUAAUUUUUUGGAAAUGGAAAAGAAGCUUGCGAGGAGAAGAAGGCUAGUGUUGGUUCCAGCUCCAGCUCAAGGACAUAUAAAUCCAAUGAUGCAACUCGCAAAAGCACUUCACUUAAAAGGUUUCUCUAUUACAGUUGCUCAAACCAAGUUCAACUACUUAAACCCUUCAAGUGAUUUGUCUGAUUUUCAGUUUGUAACCAUCCCAGAGAACUUACCAGUGUCUGAUCUUAAGAAUCUUGGACCAGGACGGUUUUUGAUUAAGCUAGCUAAAGAGUGUUAUGUUAGCUUUAAAGAGUUGUUAGGUCAGUUAUUGGUUAAUGAAGAGAUCGCUUGUGUUAUCUACGAUGAGUUCAUGUACUUUGUUGAAGCAGCAGUUGAAGAGUUUAAGCUUCGUAAUGUUAUUUUAAGUACUACAAGUGCAACAGCUUUUGUUUGUCGCUUUGUUAUGUGCAAACUCUAUGCAAAAGAUGGUUUGGCUCAACUUAAAGAAGAGGAGUUAGUACCGGAGUUAUAUCCUAUACGGUACAAAGAUCUACCAAGUUCGGUAUUUGCUUCUGUCGAAUGUUCGGUGGAGUUGUUUAAGAAUACAUGUUAUAAAGGGACAGCUUCCUCUGUGAUAAUCAACACAGUGAGGUGUCUAGAGAUCUCAUCUUUUGAGUGGCUUCAACGAGAACUAGAUAUUCCGGUGUAUCCUAUAGGCCCUCUUCACAUGGCGGUUUCUGCUCCGCGUACGAGUCUUUUAGAAGAGAAUGAGAGCUGCAUAGAAUGGCUGAACAAACAAAAGCCGAGCUCGGUGAUAUACAUAAGCUUGGGAAGCUUUACUAUGAUGGAAACUAAAGAAGUGUUGGAGAUGGCUUCGGGGUUGGAUAGUAGUAACCAACACUUCUUGUGGGUGAUUCGACCAGGAUCCGUUAGUGGUUCUGAAAUCUCUGAGGAAGAGUUGUUGAAGAAGAUGGUAACUACAGAUCGAGGUUACAUAGUGAAAUGGGCACCGCAGAAGCAAGUGCUUGCUCAUUCCGCGGUUAGAGCGUUUUGGAGUCAUUGCGGAUGGAAUUCGACUCUAGAAAGCCUCGGUGAAGGAGUUCCAAUGAUAUGUAGACCUUUUACAACUGAUCAAAAGGGGAAUGCAAGGUACUUGGAAUGUGUAUGGAAAGUAGGGAUUCAAGUAGAGGGUAAGCUAGAGAGAAGCGCCGUCGAAAAAGCUGUGAAGAGGUUAAUGGUCGAUGAAGAAGGAGAAGAGAUGAAGAGAAGAGCUUUAAGUUUGAAAGAGAAACUCAAAGACUCUGUUUUAGCUCAAGGCUCUUCACAUAACUCACUAGAUGACUUCAUCAAGACUCUGUAAACUCAUGAAUUAUUAAUGGGCCAAAUAUAUAUUUGUAAGCUCUAAUGGGCCCGUUUACUUGAAAGAAUCGCUAAAAUUGAAUCGAACACGAACACAAACCCUAAAAAUUUGGGGAUU